UCUUGGUAAACUUUCUUCAAGAAGAAACCUUCCCAUAUUCCAAAGAACUACUUGUGAUGCACUACCUUCAAAAAGGACGUUAUGUAGAAGGAAUCAGGUUAAAUGAACUCCUUAAAAAGGAUAAAAAGAGUCAGCAAGAUGAGCAAGCUAAAGUCAGAAACGCAUUGGUUGAUGGAUAUAUUAGAUGUUUGCCAAGAGUUCAACGCAAACUUGUCUUUGGACCUGACAAGCCUCUUUCCCGGCAACCCAUAACCUUAACUGAAGUGCCUCGGCCCAAACCACUAUCGACUGUUGUACACAGAGUGGAUAAGGGGAAUCCGGUAUCUCGUGCUGUCAUCUUGAGCUCAACUAUGGACAAAGUGGAAGAAUUAAGAUCUGUGGAACAGUCUGAGCCCCAGCAAGAAGCUGAAGCUUUUGUUUGUACUCCAGUCACACCAAGAAUAAAAAGUAAAUUAAGUGAUUCCAACAAGGUGGGAGUUGUGUUUGCAUCAGUUACUAAACGGCCUUCAGAAGAUGUAGUGGUGAGUAAGCAGUCUCCAGUGACAGAGAAGAGAACCUCCCCCAGGACAGUUACCUCACCAACAUUUCUGGACAAGAGAAGCAGGCGGCAGUUUUUCUCUGGUGCUGAAGCUCUCUCUUUGUUAGCAACGCCUCCUGUGGUCAAAGUAAAGCCGAUGGCUGGUGGAUCAUCAGUGACAAAACCUGAGGCAGUUAACAUUGCUACACCACAGUCAAUAUUAAAGAUUACAAGAGUGCUACGUCGCAGCUCGCCCCAACCCUCUCCCACGUCCUCUCCCCCAACGACCAGGCGUGGCUCCUCAGACCAGUUAUCUAAGUCCAUUGAGACUCGUGCAAGUGACAGUGCUUCUCAAAGGGAAGAGUUAACUCCAGGCAGACGUAUAAGGUUUGCUAGUGAGAAUGUAUCAUCGUCUCCCUCCACAAGUCCCAUUAAACAACUUGAUGUCUCGACACCUGUCUUCCAAGAAGAAACAGUUGACUCUCCCGCGCCAAGUAACAUAAGUGGAGGGACAGAUGGCAUGGAAGUCAGUGCUGAGCCCAUGACCCGGCAACAUACUUCACAAAUUCUAACUGACCUUCAGGCGGAAGUACAAGCAGAAGCCACUAUUGUUACGCACCAUGAAGAGGAAGAGGUCGAUGACCAGGGGGAAGCUGAACUUCAGAUAACUGCUGCUGUUAUGGACUUGACAGGCGACAGUGAUAUUGAGGAAGCGGAACCUCACGACGAAGACUACAAUAGUUACGAGCUGGAUGACAGUGAUGCAGUACUUGAUGCAGAAAGCGAUGAUGAAAGCGCUGGUGAUUCAUCUGUUCAGCCACAGAUAUCAUCCGUUACCGUACACCAGACUGCAGACACUUCAGCACAAUUAUUUCCCGUCAGUGAGCAGCCGUCUUCGCCAGAAAAGACGAUCAGUAGUCUUGUUGAUACGAAAGAGUCACCGUACACUACCCUGGAACCAGUCCCUGAUAACAGUGCAACCUUACCUGCCAGGAGUCCUAUUAGAAGUCCCGAGAAACAGCCUUCGCCACCAGAUGCACCUUCACUAGUAUUCUCUCAAAAACAAUCCCUAAGUGUUGAACAGGAAAGAAUUUCUGAGGUGUCGCAUCACACACCACUGGAAGCAAACCAGUUAUACACGUUUUCCCCACCAGCGGUCCUUCAACCACCGGGGACACAUGGGGAAUCUAACACGACGACAUCACAAGUGCCGACCACACCCUCAUUGGAGUACUUCUUCUCGCCACCCUUGACGCGCUCCAUGGCGAGACGAAGGUCUUCUGGAAUGACCCCGACAGAUACUUACGGAAGCAGAGAAGGGUUCAGGAAACCUACUCCGCACCAGUCUCCCUCCAACAGUCCGAUAUCGUUUGUCUCUCCAGUACCUCAGCCGGGCUCUUCGCCGCGCAGUUCUCGAAAGAAAGUUGUACGUUUACCCAUGCAUUCCAUGACUCUACGAGCCAGGAAGUGUCCGGGACGACCAACACGAGCUGCUAAAUUACCUCACACUAAAUUGUAAAGCUGUUACUGGGUCACAGAUGUUCUUUUGUGCUGCGACUAAACCAGAGAAAAAGUAGCCAUUGAACCAUCGUUCUCUUUCAAGCUUUAUUACUGAAUGCUUCGUUACUGUCAUAUUUUUGACGUUUUACAGUUCUCGUUUCUUAGUGAAGUAUUGUGAAAUAUUAUAUGAUAGUUUCUACCAUUAGCGGCAUGUGUUGCAACUUCAUGUUCAGCUAGAAGUUGUUUGUUUUGUAUAGAGCGGUUUUCACGCGAGUGUCGAAAAGUAAUUGGUUUUGUAUUACAACGCUACAUGACUGGCUUAAAAACCUCACGCCACUUCUUCAUCCAAUCAGAAGCAAAACCAAAACCAAUCGCAAAUCGCUCGCACACGUUUUCCCGCGCUUGGCAUCAGCUUCAUGUCUUUACUAUGAGUUUUGAUUGGUUUGUUGGAUUGUCUGUGUUCUUCGUGAUUGGCUAGAAUGACUACUUUGGAUUUAGUUGUACAACACUCAAUUGAAAACCACUCUAACGUGGCAUCUGAUGACAGCAAUAAGUGUUACCCUGCGUUGGUUUGAGAAUCAGUCACAUUGUAAUCAUGCUUGCUUGCACAGUACUGGGGACUGUUGUAUGUAAACACUUGUUAGAAGGCGCCAGCCUCUUAUAGUGAUAAAUAUUUUAAAAAAGCUUUGCGACAUGAGUUUGCGCUUGUUUCCCUUGCUGGAACAUCCUCUGCGGCAACCUUUUCCCGGGAUUUUUCGCUCUACUUCAAGAACGGAAAUAAGAGAGGGCCCUGGGAACGAGAUUUGUCUCUUGAGAUUUGGUAGGAUCCGCUGCAUUGUAACGCUUCUAAUAAAGUAAUGGUUCGGUUUCUCUCAUGA